CCACGCGCCAAUGACUCCAAUACCAGGAGCAAACGGGGAUUGAAGUUUACAAUGGUCAAAUACGAUAAAGCUGCAAAGAUUCAACACGUGAGCGGCCUCACCGGGAGCUCCGUGGCUGAUAUCAAUGCGGUAUCGUUGGCAAUGCCGCUCACAAUUCUUUUAUGGUCGGUACUUCAAUCGCGGACUCGGGCAUUCAUUCCUUACACUCUUGGCCCUAUGGCCGUCGAUUUUCUGCUCAAUUGUGGAGCAAUUCUCUUCUCAACCACUAUAUACUCCUCUACGCCAUGGGUUCUCAAUAUCCUCCUUCUUUUGCCUGCCAUUUUCAUUACCAUGACCGAGCACGGCACGCCUCCUCAACGAUCUGCUCGCCCGCAGCCCAAGAACCCGACUCCGCUCGACCGCCUCCCAAUAAAGCCUUUCAUAACGCAUUAUCGUGGUGCAAUGAUGGUUAUCACAUGCAUUGCAAUACUUGCUGUAGACUUCCGGGUGUUCCCACGACGUUUUGGGAAAGUAGAGAACUGGGGUACAUCACUGAUGGACGUGGGUGUAGGCUCAUUCGUCUUCACGUCUGGAGUAGUAUCCGUGCGAUCAUUUCUCAAGGAGGAUAACAAUAGGCGCCCAUCCUUGUCGAGAAGGUUCAUGGGAUCUCUGAGACAUUCUAUACCUCUACUCGUGCUUGGUGUUCUCCGCCUAAUAUCCGUAAAAGGUUUGGACUACGCAGAACAUGUUACCGAGUACGGUGUACACUGGAAUUUCUUCUUUACCUUGGGAUUCUUACCGCCAUUCGUCUCUCUUUUCCAGUCUGCAUUCCAGCUCGUCCCUUCCUAUGCUGUACUCUCUUGCAUGCUUUCCGCUUUACAUGAACUUGCUCUUGACAAGACCGAUCUAGGGGCAUACAUUCUCACUGCUCCACGGACAGAUCUCAUCUCGAUGAACAGGGAGGGCAUCUUCUCCUUUUUCGGCUACCUCGCUAUAUUUCUGGCAGGUCAGUCACUGGGCUCAUUUGCAUUGCCCAGAGAGUCUUCGUUGCCUCCAAACGCAUCCCGGAUUGAAUACUUGAAGAAGUCGAUCAUGGGCAAGCUUGCCGUGUCUUCCUUGGCAUGGAUCACGCUCUUCUACUUUUCCAUCAGUUACUACGGCCUCGGGCUGUCCGUCUCACGGAGACUUGCCAAUUUCCCUUACUUUCUAUGGACUUGUGCCUUCAAUAGCUCACAAAUCGCCAUUUGCUAUGCCAUCGAGAGCUAUUACUUCCCGAGCCUUCGUAAAGCAUCUAGCAAGGAAGACGAGAAUCAAAGGGCUAAAGAUGCUACCAGUCCGCUACUAUUUGCUUUCAAUCGCAACGGUUUAGCAGUCUUCCUCGCAGCUAAUUUGCUGACUGGACUAGUCAACUUGACUAUUCCUACUCUUGAUUUUGGUAAGCUCGAGUCAAUGGCUGUGUUAAUAGUGUACAUGGCAACUGUUUCGGGACUUGCGCUUGGGUUAGACCGGUUGGAUGUAUCAAUCAAACUGUGAGCGAUGUUUCCUAGAUAGGGAAGGCAUGACAUUCGCUGCUGGAAAAAAAAUAACCUGUCUAUGUACGAUAAUAUCGGGAAAAAACCUUUCAUUGCCUCUUGACUACAUUUCUGAAUCACACGAGCUCAGUGGCGAACACCUGAUGACGCAGACCUGCCGUUUCUAAUUGAACGCCCCAAGCUUCUAUACAAAUCUUCG